GAUGGGUUACGUGGCGAGGGCUGACGUUGCUGUGGUGACGCGGCCAUCUUGUGUGUCCGGGGGCCGAACGGCUGGCGGGGUUCAUCAGAUUGUUAUCGAAGGAAAAAAGAUGAUGGAGGAAAGUGGGAUUGAGACAACGCCCCCCAGCACUCCCCCUCCAAAUACUUCCAUGACUGCAAGCAACACCCCAGUGUCUACAGUUCUACCUAGCCCUUUACCUAAUCCCAUUACUACCUCCAUUUCAGCUUUACCUCCCUCAGUCUUUUCUACACCACCUCCUCCUAGACCGCACUUACCUCCUGCCAUGUCUUCUACACCCCUAACUGCUGCUGCUUCCCCAGUUCGUCCUUCUGCUGUUCAUUCUGGUGCUGCAGCUUAUAGCUUUCCUCCUUCAGCACCUCCUGUGGGCUCUCCUCCUGUUCCUAUCUUUUCUGCACCUCCUACAGGUCCACCCAUCACUGGUUUCUCCAUGACUACAAACUACGACAUCACUCGAGGUCAUGCUGGUCGAUCUCCACAAACCCCGCUGAUGCCAACUUUUUCUACAUCCGUCACAGGAGUUGUGCCAGGUACCCUGACUCAGGCCCCUGCUCCUGUGGGAGGUGGCUCCUCUAUUACAUUCCCAGAGGAGAAGGAGGACCCCAGGAUGGCUGUGCACCAUGACCAAGGUGGUGCUGGAGGAGGAUUCUGGGGGUUUUUUAAGGGUGUGGCGGGAAACCCUGUUGUGAAAUCAGUUUUGGAUAAAACAAAACAUUCUGUGGAGUCCAUGAUCACCACGCUGGAUCCAGGCAUGGCUCCUUACAUCAAAUCAGGUGGUGAUCUGGAUAUAUUGGUAACUUCUAACAAAGAAGUUAAGGUGGCUGCUAUUCGAGAUGCUUUCCAGGAAAUGUUUGGAUUGGCCACCGUUACCGGAGAAGCUGGCCAAUCAAAUAUUGCUCCACAGCCUAUUGGGUAUGCUGCAGGAUUAAAGGGGGCCCAGGAGAGAAUAGAUAGCCUGCGGAGAUCGGGCAUGAUGCAUGAAAAGCAGGUGACGGUUUCUGUUGAGAACUUCAUUGCAGAAUUGCUCCCAGACAGGUGGUUUGACAUAGGUUGUCUAAUCCUUGAAGAUCCAGCUCAUGGCAUUCGUUUAGAAAAUUUCACACAAGCAACACCAGUGCCUUCAGAAUUUGUGCAACAGGCUCAAAACCUUACACCAGCUGAUUACAACCUGAGAUGGUCCGGGCUGAUGGUGACCAUAGGAGAAGUAUUGGAGAGGAAUAUACCCCACGUCAGUCGCACUGAUUGGCACAUCAUGUAUACAGGCGUGUCUCGAAGACAGAUGAUCUAUAGUGCAGCCAAAGCCUUGGCAGGGAUGUACAAGCAGCAAUUGCCAUCAAAGUGCAUUUAAUAAUCAAAACUGCCACAUACUGUUCUAAGGGCAUUCCCUGCACAUGAACUGUUUAAACUUUCAUGUAUUUUUGUACUCAAAUCAAAAAGUGUGAUCCCCGAGGCAAUCUUUCCCAUCUGCCAGCAUAGAAACUGGUUAAUUGGAACACCACAAACUGAAUGUGAUCAAAUGUAAUGGAAACUAUUUUGAAAUAUGCAGCAUUUUCUUUAUAUAUUUGAAAAAAAAGUUUGUUAUAAUACCUUUGGUAGAUACUGUCACAAAAUGGUACUUAAACAAAUUGAGAUGCUAAGCAUUGACAAUGCUUAUUGUCUAUAUUUUUGUCACCUAAUCAUAAUACAUAUUCUGUUCAAGAUUGGAUGGAUCAACAUGCAGAGUUCUCUUUCUCAUCUCUAUCCUUGUAACGUGAGCUUAUAAGGUAAAAGCAUUCAAAAUGAUGUAUAUAUGAUUUACAAGUUGAAAACUGUCAACCCUUUGGGGGGGAAAACAAGCUUUCUGAUGUAUGGUCAGGAUAAAUUGUCACAAGGUUAAAUGAAUGACUGUUUAAAGCAAAAUAUAACUAUUAUCUUUGAAAACUCUAAUCAGACUCUCUGCAAUGCCAAGUGAAGCUAUUACAGGGCUCAUCAAAAGUUUUGUUUUUGGUCUAUUUUGUAAUUCUCUGUAAAGGAAAUAAAACUGAAAUAUCAGAGGUGACACCAGUAUUCCUUUGUAAUUUUAACUUAAUCUUGACACUUGUCAGCAUUUCCUUUAACGAAAAUGAAAACAUUAUUUGGAAUAUGCCUUUACUGUUAAUUAGUUCCAUUGUAAUAUGCUGCGCUGUAAUGAUUUGUAUAUAAGUAAUUACUUCAUUGAAUCUUACAAUUAAUCAUAUUGCAAAUAGUUUACAAGUAAUCUGUGGCCAAAAUACUUUAGUGGUUAUGAACUAAAGUUUUAACCUGCUUUUUCUAUAAUUACUUGCAUCAAGAUGAUCCAAGUAGCAGCUCUUAAUUCUGAUUAUGUUGCCUGAUUGUUAAAUGAAGGUGAGUUGAAAUUGGUCCACAUAAUAGUUUGCCAAUCCUGUUCCAGCCUCAGCAAAGACAGAUAGCUGUCUUCUUUUCCUGUUUCAUUAGCUCAGUUUGUAAGGAAGUUUAAUUGUUCUCCUUGCUUAUAAUUUCUAGUAGAUGGCUCAUGGAUAUGGAUUGAUGAAAAACCUUCUUUUCUAUCAAAGCUGUGUGCUUAGUUUAUUUAACACUAGAAUUUCUUGUUCAAGAACAACAAAUUUUAUGCCCAUGUAUUGAAACAAGCUUUCCAUUUGAUUCUGAUUCUCGGUUAGCUGCUUGAGACACUGAUAAGAUUCAAUUAAAGCCUACCGAAAAGUUUUUGCACAUACUAAUGGGAGGAGUCCCUUAUCAGUGCAUACCAAAAGCAAAACAAUAUUAUACAGUGGAUUGCAUUCAAGGAACUUGAUUCAGUGUAGGUAUAAAACAAUUACUUGGCAGAGAGAGACAAUGGCUUCACUGUGAGUACCGGACCUCCAUCCUUGUCCCCAUGGUCUUGUUCCUCUCGAUUCAUUGAGAUUUUAAGUUUAGUACCUUACGAAUGGACAUCUGAUUCAAUGUAAACUUGUGCCCUUACCACUUGAACCUUUUUUUCAUUGUUGUCUGGAAGCAACUGCCAAUAUUUCAUGUACGCAUUGUGCAAUUUUUUCGUCAUUUGGGUCUAUCUCAAAAUGUUUAUAUUUUAAUCCUAUUUUGUAAUAAAAUGACCUUUG